AUGAGGAACGCUGGAGGUUCAGUGAGAUUUGAUGGUGUUCACUACGAAAUCACAGUGUGGACUGUACAAGAGUAUAGAGAGAUACAUGUGAUGAGCGAGGACACAGAAGCCAAGGUACAAUUUGCCAGCAAUGGUAUACCGGCUACCACCUUCGAUGCUGCGCCACUUACCACCAAAAUGCCACUGCCGAGACGGAAGGUGGCUGUGAAACCGGGCCGCAGUAUGAUGGACUGGGUCAAGUUGACGAACUCUGGACAGAAUCUACGAG